CUUCUCCUUGUACGAUCCUUCCUUGUAGGCCGUGGUUGCAUUCGCCUGUCGCAUGACGAGUUACUACUAAAACAGUCGUUUCUCGGGGGUGUUUGUGCCGUCGUCCAGUCGCGGUUCGUCGUUUGUCAAGUUCCAGCCACCACGGAGACCGUACCGCCCUGACGAAGAGGCAACCACGCGCCUACAGAGCACAAACCACUCCUUUCUCUCGUGGGUCGCAGAGCCCGCAGCAGUUGUCAUCCUCGAUUGGACCUGUAUGGUGUCGUGAAGAGGCCCUCACAGACCUCCAAAUUCAGCGACGAUCCCUCUUUUUGAGACUCAAGUUUAACAAGCAAUCACCAUUACGCCGAUAACAGCAAGCCAGCCGAAAGGGUGGCAGUCUUUGGGCCAGUUGACAACAUCACCAAGGCUUCCAGCACCGCCUGUUGUUAGCAUCUACAACAACAACUGGCGCCUGGUCCUCAACGGAGAUCCUCCCUGGGUCACCCUAGAAGGCUGAGACUAACCGUGCUUGUACACUACAUUUAAAAGCUCCAAAACGCUUAUAUCUUCGAAUAGUUUUCUAUCUUGUUGUCAUUUAAGACCCAUUUGCUAAACAUACCAACCAAAACCAUGAAGUUCGACGAGAACAUCACUCUGCUUGAGCCAGAACGUUCCGUUUGGCAGGUGAUCGAACAGAUCGCCUAUUCAGGGAUGCAAGAAGAAGCUUUCUAUGUUCUGGACAUUGGGGAUAUAGUGCGCAAACAUGAAGAGUGGAAGUUGAAGCUUCCCAAAGUUGAGCCUCACUAUGCCGUCAAAUGCAAUGACAGCAUGAUGGUGCUGGAAGUCUUGAAUUCGCUUGGAACCAGCUUUGACUGUGCCUCCAAGGCUGAAAUAGCUAAGGUCAUGCAGUUGGGCGUGGACCCCAGCAAGAUCAUCUUCGCCAACCCUGUCAAGCAGGCCUCGCACAUCCGCUACGCUGCCAACGCGGGUGUGGCCACUAUGACAUUUGACAAUGAGACAGAGCUGCACAAGAUUAAGUCUCUCUACCCCUCUGCUAAGCUGGUGAUUCGCAUUCGUUGCGAUGCGACUGCUGCCCAAUGUCCCCUGGGCAUGAAAUUUGGUGUCGAGGUUGAAAACGCCUUUGCCCUUCUGGAGACGGCCUACUCCCUUGAACUGGAUGUGAUUGGGGUCAGCUUCCACGUGGGCUCUGGAUGCUCUGACCCUCCAGUGUUCCACCGAGCCAUUCAGGCUGCUAGGGCCUUAUUCGAUGAUGCCAAACGAAUUGGAUUUGAGUUUACUCUACUUGACAUUGGAGGCGGCUUCCCAGGCAAUAAGGGUUCCUCUCUUACCAAGAUUGCUGAGGUGGUGAAUGGUGCACUAGACAAGUUCUUCCCAGACGGUUGCGGAGUCAAGGUCAUCGCUGAACCAGGCCGAUUCUACGUUGCAUCUGCCUACACCUUGGCUACCCUGAUCCAUUCCAAGCGCGAGGUGAAAAACGUGGACGGCACUCAUUCUUUCAUGUACUACAUCAAUGACGGCGUUUACGGAAGCUUCAACUGUCUGCUCUACGACCACGCUGUCGUCACACCCAUUCCUCUAAAGGAGACAGCAAACACCAAGAAGCAAAUCACCGGCACCAUCUGGGGCCCAACCUGUGACGGCCUGGACCAAGUGACUGGGCCAGUGAUGCUGCCUGAAAUGGAGAUUGGAGAGUGGUUCGUGUUCCAGAACAUGGGCGCCUACACCCUGCCCGUUGCCAGCACCUUCAACGGAAUGCCCAUCCCGAAAGUUAACGCCAUUGCCAAUGAAAGCACUCUUCUCAUGCUAAAGGAUGUUCCAUCUCUGAAUGAGGACAACUUCAAAGGCAAUGAUAUGCCUAACAACCUGCUGGCGGAACUGGACCUGAGUGAGCAAAAUCGUUAUCACGUUGACCAGCAGUCCACCUCCUCGUCGCUGGCCAGCUUCCCAAUGAGUUUCUCCUCUGACAGCUUCAUCGACGAUUUUGUGGAGCCAGUUAACUGAUUGUUAGGGAACAUUUUGGGUUUACGCGUCACUAAAAGCCCCACGUUAUAUUCCUUUUAUAAAUAUUUUACUCCUCGAUGCUGUUGGCUCACUCACGGUCCAGAUCAGAAAUAUCAUGUAAUCUGUUUUUUGAAGAUCAAUAAAAUAUUGCUGGUAUGUGAAACUCU